AUGAAUACCUCAAAUACACCUUCUAAAGUUCAUAUCAAUUCAGCUUCGCGUAAAAGUAACAAACGUACCCUCGGUGACGAAAUAGAAAUAAUACCUUUUAAUAUGUUGUCAAAUGCGCGCCCUUCAAAAGCCGGAACUUCGAAUAUCCUUUGUAAUACUCCUGGUAAACCUUUUAAUAACAAGGAGAAUUUGACACCUUAUUUUCCACAACAAUUCGAGAGUAACAAAAAGUCAAGUACUACCAAAUUUAUGUCCAUUAACGGAUCUCAAAUCGCUUAUAAUGAGAAUGAGUACAAAAUCGAACAACUUGAAGCCGAAUUAAGAAGACAAAUAGAUGAAAAUCAGAAACUGAGAGAAGAAAUUCAGAAAUCAUGUCAGGAAGCGGAAAAGACACUUAAAAGAACUAAAUAUUACAAGAAUGACUUAUACGGGCCUAUUUACUUCGAUGGUAACCACAAGUCUAUCAACAAGUUAUUGAGACGAUUGAUCAAUGUUAUAGGUCAAGAAGUCGUUAACAGAUUCAAAGAAGAAACUUUGGUUGAUUGUGAAUUACCUGCGCUUAAUAAGAUUUAUGUAUGGCUUGAAGAGUCAGGACUCUUGAAUUAUGAAGUUCUUAAAGAAUUCCGUGCCGUGGAGGCGGUCACGUCAUUAGACCUGACCUAUACCUUCGAAAAUCUUAAGCGUGAUAUCACCAAUAAGACAUUCGUUAUUGAUGAUAGCUUGGAACUUCACAUUAUACAAAAUACUAAUCGAUUGUUAUCUGUGUUUGGCUUGCCAAAUGGUUUCCAAUACUUAAAAUCUUUUAAGUUGAGCUUCAUGCCGAUUGAAGAUUCUUAUUUUAACAACCUUCGAGGACUUAAAAAUUUGGAUGAAUUGGUCAUUGAAAGUACCGGAAUUGGGAACGAAGCAUUAUGUCAUCUCGUAGCACUAAAAAGUAAUUUGACCUUUUUGAAUAUCACUGGAAAUAAGAAGAUUGAUGAUGAUUCCAUUUCUAUUCUCGUUCUUUUCGAAAAAUUAGAAGUGUUGCUUCUAAACAAAACUUCGAUUUCCAUGGAUGGAAUUCGUAAAUUAAUUUCCGAGACACAAAGCACUGACCUAUCACAAAUUUCUAUUCCUUCAUCAUGUCGCAAAUAUCUUAAAAGACGAUAUGAAAUCUAUUGUGUUAAACAUAAAGAAGGAAUGAAAGUUGAUCCAUCAAAAGUUCAAUUUAUGAGUCUUUUGGAGAUUCGACAACAAUUAAUGUUCCAUUACACGGUAAAUAAUUAUAUCAACAUCGUUGGUCAUAAAGAGGAAUUAGAGGAAACAUUGAGAGAGAUUUUAACGCGACGAAAUUAUGAUGCAAAGGUUAUGCUGCUGGUGAUUAAUCUGAAAUAA